AUGGAGACGUUCGGAAACGAUUUACUACAUGGUCUCUCUGAGAUCUCAGCCACGGAUAAAUCCGUAGUCAUUCAAGACAACACAAAGGAUAACGGUUUGCCGAGAUCUUUGCAGCAAGAUCCAAAGGAGAAUCAUGAUAACCAACCCACAGAAGCGACUUCCCAUAUGUUUUCGGGCAAAGAUGCCUCAUUUCCGGACUCAGGCAAUGUGCCCGCAAGCUUCAGUGAAGUGGAGAGCGUAGAUGCAGAUGAGCUGUCGAGAGGAACCAACGUCGAUGACGGUUGCGAUGGAUCCGACAGCAACUCGAGGGAUGGCCGUCCAGCUGGGGACACGACCUACAGAAAGUUAUUUGUUGGUGGGCUAGCAUGGCAGACAACAACCGAGACCCUGCAAAACCAUUUCCAUGUCUAUGGAGAGCUGCAGGAGGUUACAUACAAAAGGGAUGAAGAUGCGCAACGGGCUGUGGCCAACAAAUCUCCGAUCAUGUACGUCAACCCUCUACUUGUUGUGGUCGAUGCAUUGUGA